AUGACGCGGGAAGGCGGAAGCGGUGGCGGGAUGGGGCGGUGCGGGGCCACCCUGAGCCUGGCCCUGGAAGGGAACAUCGCCGUGGGGAAAUCGACCUUCCUGAAGCUACUGGGUGCAGCCUUUCCGCAGUGGCACCUGGUGACAGAGCCCGUGGCACAAUGGCGCAAGGUGCCGGCCAGUGGCACUGCCCAGGCAUCCGUGGGCUCUGCCAACCUGCUGCAGAUGAUGUACCAGGAGCCAACCCGCUGGUCCUACACCUUCCAGACCUUCUCCUGCAUCAGCCGGCUGAAGGCGAUGCUGGAUCCACCAGACGAGGGGCCCCCCGAGACCCCCCACCCUGUGAGGGUCUUUGAGCGCUCUGUGUUCAGUGACAGGUACGUCUUUGCCAAGAACCUCUUUGAGGCUGGGCACCUGCAGCCCCUGGAAUGGGCCAUUUAUCAGGACUGGCACGACUUCUUGCUGCGGCACCUGGGGCUCCGCACCGCCUUCCACGGCUUCCUCUACCUGCAGGCCAGGCCCCAGACAUGCCUGGAGCGGCUGCGGCGGCGGGCUAGGCAGGAGGAGGGUGGGAUCCAGCUGGGGUACCUGCAGCAGCUCCAUGCCCAGCACGAGCAGUGGCUGGUGGACAGGACCACAGAGAUCCACUUUGAGGAGGCGCGGCGCACACCCGUCCUGAUACUGGAUGUGGACAAGGACUUUGAGCACGACGUGGCCGUGCAGGGUGCUCUCAUGGCACAGGUCGAGGCCUUCGUGGCAUCACUGAGUGCUGACACUUUGCCGUCACAUCCCAACCCUCUCGGAGCCGGGGAAGGGGCAACAUCUGUCUGAAGAUCCCGAUCCCAUGGACAAGGGACAUGUCCUGGUCCCCAGCUGUCCCCUCAGCUGGUCUGUGCUGGGCCAGGGGUGGAUUUGGAUCCUCAGAGGCGUGUGAGGAGUUUUGGGGGCAGGGGGGCUCCCCGUGCUCAGGGGACCAGGUCCUUGCUGUGACCCCCUCCCAGUAUUUAGGGAUCCCCAGCUGAGAAGGCUCCCUGAGGUGGGUUUCUUGCAAUGCUUGAAUUUUCCCUGGGAAAUCCCGGUGUUUAGGUGACACCCGAACCCCUUAUUUUGUUAUUUGUGUAUCUUUUUUUUU